AUGACGAUGACCAGCCUCCUGCCUUCAGCAGGGGACGGAAACUGCUACUACAUCCUGACAGAAGACUGUGCCUACGGCAGCAAGUACUUCCAAGCUGGGAACAUGUGCUUCUGCAGCGAGAGAAAUUACCUGCGUAACUUCUCCGAUGACAGGCCCCCAGCUUGCUUCUUGAAAGUCAUCAUGCUGGAUGACAGCUCCACCGUCACAAUAAAUGUAGAAAUCCUUCAGCCUGUGCGUGAGGAGACGGCCAUCUUCCUCCUGGCUAUCAGCAGCCACAACGAACGCUUGAACUACUUCUUGGAGAGGUUGAGCCUUGAAGCAGCUCUGCGGGCUGUGCCAGGCCAAAAAGUGAUGGUGGAGGUUGACCGGCAGUAUUUCCCUGGUAUCAUCCGCUACAUCGGGAGCAUUUACAAAAACACUUCGGCUGUGCUGUCUCCUUUCUUCUUUGGGGUGGAGUUACAGGGUGAGGGUGAAAACAGAGGGCGCAGCGAUGGAUCUUAUCAUGGCACUGAGUAUUUCAAGUGUAAACGGAACUGCGGGAUCUUCCUACCAUUUAGCAGAGUCCAGUUUACUCCCGUGCCGGAUGACGACUAUGUGAAACAGAAGCCAAAACCAGCCACGGAGGAGGGCGUUCCUGUGAAAGUGGGAGAUGCAGUUAGCUUCUACGUGGAUGAGGUCCUCACAAAAGGAAUAGCAAUGGCAGUUUACAGGGAGGGAACACAAUGGUUCGUCAAAGUUUGUCCGGAAGAAGAAGGAACAACUGACAUUUUCAGAGAAAUCCCUAUGGACUCUGUUGUGAAGGAAAGCUUGCAAAGUUUAUUUUCACCAUUCGAAUCUGACAUGGGCUUGGGACACUCAAAACAAAUGAAACUAGAAAGAAGCGAGAGCAGCGAGGAGUGUGAAAGUGGGAAUUCGUCCCUGGAGGUGAAUUCCAUGGUCCAGAUCACCUUGGACAAGGGAAAUCAGGUUUCGGGAAUCAUCCGCUGGUUGGGCUACCUGCCUCAAAUUAUGCACAAAAUGGCAGGAGUUGAACUGGAUGAAGAUAAGGGGGUCACGGCUGGCGAAUGGCUGGGCAAAUACUACUUCCACUGCGCUCCAAAGCGUGGUCUUUUCGUGAAGCUGCAGUCCUGCCAGCCCGAUGUUCGCUUCCAGUGUUCGCGCAACAGUGACCUGAGCCUUGUGGAUUACAGAGGGCAGGAAGGUCUGCCACAAGCUCCAGACAGCUUUCCUCCCCUCAGGGACGAGGCAGCAGUGCAUGUCCUGCAGGGGCGGAUGAAAGGGAUCCAGGGCCACUGUAAUUCCUGCUAUAUGGACGCAGCUCUUUUCAGCCUCUUCUCCUGUACAUCUGUGCUGGACUCCAUGCUUUUCAAGCCCUUCCCACUGUGUGACAGGAACAUCCAGAGCAUUCUGCGAGAUGAGAUUGUUAGUCCCCUCCGAAAGACUGGCUUCGUCAGGGCUAGCAGUGUGAUGCACCUUAGGGAGCAGCUGACUGAAAAAGGCCAGUGUUCCAGCUUUACCAACGCUGAGAAAGAUCCUGAGGAGUUUCUCAAUCUCAUAAUGCAUCAGAUCCUAGGAAUAGAGCCACUCUUAAAACUGCAGUCAGGAGGCCAGAAGGAGCAGGACUGUUACUGUUACCAGAUAUUUAUGGACAAACAGGAGGAUCUGGUGGUUCCUGACGUCCAGCAGUUAGUGGAACACUCCUUCCUGUCCUCUGAUCUGAAGCUAGUGGAGAUCCCAUCUUGCUUCAUUAUCCAAAUGCCACGUUUUGGGAAGGAUUAUAAAAUGUUCAGCAAAAUCACUCCUUCCUUGGAGCUGGAUAUAACAGAUCUGCUGCUUGACAGUCCCAGGGAGUGCUGCGUGUGCGGUGAUGUCGCCACCUUGGAGUGUUCGGACUGUUUCAAAGACAAGGUAUUCGCAGCUACGGGCCUGAAGCAGUUCUGCAGCUCCUGCUCCAGACAGGUUCACUCCCACUACCGACGCAAAACACACAAGCCAACUAGGUUGCACAUCCCAGAAGAGUUUCACAGCCGGAGUCCCCGGGGCAGCCAGCAGGUCCCUCGUGAGAAGAUGGAGCUCUUUGCAGUGCUCUGCAUCGAGACCAGUCAUUACGUCUCCUUCGUGAAAUAUGGUCCCGAGAACGAACACUGGAUGUUCUUCGACAGCAUGGCUGACAGGCAUGGUGAUGAAAACGGCUUCAACAUUCCCACAGUAACGCUGUGCCCUGAAGUUGCCAAAUACCUGGACUUGCCACUGGCUGUGCUGGCCCUGGAGCAACCUCGGGACAUGGAUGGAGUAGCCAAGCGCCUCUUCUGUGACGCCUACAUGUACAUGUACCAGAGCAAGAAGAUGGCACUUUACAAAUGACACUGUCUUGGGCUGGUGCUGCAGAGCAGCGAGGCUUCAGAAA